UUGAUGAACAGCAUUCGCCCAAAAUCUCUUCGUCAGGAGCAGUUUCUAAAUUUUGACCAAGAGCUUUCUUCUCUUCGUUUCCUUCAAGGCCGACUACCACAAUGCAGAUCUUUGUCAAGACCCUCACUGGCAAGACCAUCACCCUCGAGGUUGAGCCCAGCGAUACCAUUGACAACGUCAAGACAAAGAUCCAGGACAAGGAAGGAAUUCCCCCGGAUCAACAACGUCUUAUUUUCGCUGGCAAGCAACUUGAAGAUGGCCGUACCCUCAGUGACUACAACAUCCAGAAGGAGUCCACACUUCAUUUGGUGCUCCGUCUUCGUGGAGGUAUGCAGAUCUUUGUCAAGACCCUCACUGGCAAGACCAUCACACUGGAGGUUGAGCCGAGCGAUACCAUUGACAACGUCAAAACAAAGAUCCAGGACAAAGAGGGAAUCCCUCCAGACCAACAGCGUCUCAUCUUCGCUGGUAAGCAACUCGAGGAUGGCCGUACCCUAAGUGACUAUAAUAUCCAGAAGGAAUCUACCUUGCAUUUAGUGCUGCGCCUUCGUGGAGGUAUGCAAAUUUUUGUGAAAACUUUGACUGGCAAAACGAUCACACUGGAGGUAGAACCGAGUGAUACGAUCGACAACGUCAAGACAAAGAUCCAGGACAAAGAGGGAAUCCCUCCCGAUCAGCAACGUCUCAUCUUCGCCGGAAAGCAAUUGGAAGACGGCCGUACCCUGAGCGAUUACAACAUCCAGAAGGAGUCCACACUUCAUUUGGUGCUCCGUCUUCGUGGAGGUAUGCAGAUCUUUGUCAAGACCCUCACUGGCAAGACCAUCACCCUCGAGGUUGAGCCCAGUGAUACCAUUGACAACGUCAAGACAAAGAUUCAGGACAAGGAAGGAAUUCCCCCGGAUCAACAACGUCUAAUUUUCGCUGGCAAGCAACUUGAAGAUGGCCGUACCCUCAGUGACUACAACAUCCAGAAGGAGUCCACGCUUCAUUUGGUGCUCCGUCUUCGUGGAGGUAUGCAGAUCUUUGUCAAGACCCUCACUGGCAAGACCAUCACCCUCGAGGUUGAGCCAAGCGAUACCAUUGACAACGUCAAAACAAAGAUUCAGGACAAGGAAGGAAUUCCCCCGGAUCAGCAGCGUCUCAUCUUCGCCGGAAAGCAACUGGAAGAUGGCCGUACCCUCAGCGAUUACAACAUCCAGAAAGAGUCCACACUUCAUUUGGUGCUCCGUCUUCGUGGAGGUAUGCAGAUCUUUGUCAAGACCCUCACUGGCAAGACCAUCACCCUCGAGGUUGAGCCGAGCGAUACCAUUGACAACGUCAAGACAAAGAUCCAGGACAAGGAAGGAAUUCCCCCGGAUCAGCAGCGUCUCAUCUUCGCUGGAAAGCAACUGGAAGAUGGCCGUACCCUGAGCGACUACAACAUCCAGAAAGAGUCCACUCUUCACUUGGUGUUGCGUCUUCGUGGAGGCUGUUAAGCGGUCAUGCAACUCUGCACUCAAACACUGUGUACUUGAUACCUGUUCUUUACAGAUGUUUUCAACUCACAAAGCUACAAUCCUACUCGAUACAUUGAAUUUUUACUGCUGAUUGGUAGAUCUCCUUUCCCGGCAUGUAUUGUGUACAACCAGCUCCUUUCUACCCGAUAUUGCCUUCUCAUCUUGUUGGUCGUGUCCUUAUAUUGCGCUGUCUUUCACUUACAAUCCUCAUCAGGUUGUAACAUCUA